AUGGCUUCCAAGGCAGCAAGGAAGGCAAUCUACCUCCAGAAGCUACACAACCACCUUAAACACAACAACACCCACCUUGUCAUCGUCAGUGCCGACAAUCUUCGUGUGAGCCAAAUUCAGGCCAUAAGGCAAGGACUCCGACCCCACUCAUCUGUCGUCAUGGGUAAGAAUUCUUUCAUGAGGCGCUCACUCCAGAUCCAUGCCCCAUCAGCCGGAAAACCUGCUUUUGUUGGCGCAAUCCGUCACAUUAACGGCAAAGUUGGGUUGAUUUUGACCGAUUGUGACCCAGAGGAAGUUAGCGAAACGGUUGCGGGAUAUAAGUUGCAGCCGCUGUUGAAAGGGAUUUUUGGAAUAAGAAGAUGGGUGAUUAAGAGGGUGGCUGGCUCUAUGAAAGCUUGA